UUAGAUAAAUGGGUUAAAAUAAAAUUCUGCAAAGUUACUCAUUUAUACACCCUUGGAGAUAGGACUGCAUUCAGUAGAAAAAACUGUUUUAACUGAAUAAGGCCAAUUUUUCUUGCUUAUUUUUUCGGGUUUCACGUACAAUAGUGCACUAUGGUACCUUUGCAUAUAUCAGAGUUGCAAAAAAUAGGUUCUUCUCUGGGUAAAUUGACUUUUAAGGUAGACCUAUUGGAAAAUGUCCGGCAACUGUUGUUUUUCUCACUUUCUUAAUCUGUUUCUCACAAACUCAGUCACUCAGUCACUGACUCACUCACUGACUCACUCACUGACUCACUCACUCACUCACUCACUCAGUCACUCACUCACUCACUCAGUCACUCACUCACUCACUCAAUCACUCACUCACUCACUCACUCACUCACUCACUCACUCACUCACUCACUCACUCACUCACUCACUCACUCACUCACUCACUCACUCACUCACUCACUCACUGAGUCACAUACUUACUAAGUCACUCGCUAACUAGUACACUGACUCUCUCACUUACUCAUUCAUUCACUUACUGACUAUUACUGCAUUUUUGUAACUUUUGUUUUCCUUUGUUUUCAAGGAUCAGAUGCUCGUGUUCUCAGAAGGAUGGCAUACUCUGAUGUAUCAUAUCCCCGCAUUCAGCCGUGGCCGUGUCUAGAAUCGGGCGCAAUGUCAACUGGUAAUCAAGAUCCACCCCCUUAUAACUCGCAGUUUACAGACUUGGGUGUUUCUGUAAUCGAUCAAGCACCAGAGUCAAGAUUUCAACCCCAAUUUCCAAUCUACUUUUCAAAAAAAGGUGUCUUAUCUGUUUCCAUUAUAAAGUGCGUCGUUGGAAGCAUUCAGUUGAUACUGGGGAUUAUAAACAUUAUUCAUGUUCCCCAUUGGACAUCAGAAGUUGCAGCUCCAAUAUGGUGUGGAGUUUUGUUCGUUGUCAAUGGAAUUAUUGGCUGUGUUCUUUGGAAGAGAAGAUCUAAAUGCUUAAUGGGAGCAUUUUGUGGCCUCAGCGUUGCGUCUUUCGUACUGUCAACAGUGAUGUUGGUUGGCUGUUCGCUUUCUCUUGACUACUUUGCAGAUGAUGGCAAUUUCACACCUGGAUGGACCAUUUGUGAUGUUGGUGAUUAUUCUCGCGGUUACUGCUACCCGUUAAUACUUUUGCCACGCUCAGUCGUGGAGACCUCUCUUGGUUUGUUAGGCUUCCUGAUGGCGUUGAUCGUUAUCGAGCUUGGGUCCUCAAUUUCUGCCAUCUUUUACUCGUGCAAGGCCUACUCUUCUAUCGGCUGCUGCGAAUUGAUUCCUAACCAGCGACGGCAACAGCCUAGACUGCAACAGCAACAACUACAGCAGCAACAACAGCGAACUCAAGAAACGUCCUUCGCAGCUACACAAGGAGCAAACCCGUGCAGCGCAAUACUCAAUGUGAUCAUUAGCCUGCCAGGAGCGUCUUAUUUGGUCGACACCGUCAGAUCGGGCCAAAACGAAUCGCAAGCUCAGACAGUCCGGGUGACAAUCCAUCCUUGUGAUUCGAUGCAGACGAAUGGAAGCAACGAGCAAACAGAUGCACCUGGUUCCUUUAAUAACGUUAGUUAAUGGGAACUGCAAAUUGCUCCAUUAAAAAGCAAUUUUAUAACUUUAUUUAAAAUAAUUUUUUUUGAAUCAAUUAGCCUAUUAACUACAAAGAUCUUACUUCAAAAGAAAGAAAUGUUAUCAUUACAGGAUUUUAUUAUCAUUAGUAUAACGAAGUCAGGGACGCAAAUUAAAAUAAUUUUUUGGGAAGAGGGGAUGGGUGUCACUACAAGUUUGACCUAUUUGCGUACAAAAUGAAUCGACUCUUUAGAACCAAUUCAAGCAGAUAAACACCAUUAAAAUAUAUUGAGAAUGUGUUUGAACCUUGUGAGAUGAACCAUGUCGUUGACUUGAUUUAGCGGUGAUGAAAUAACAUAGAAUUUUAGAGGCCCAUUGACUUAUGGUGAAAGGGAUCCAACACAGCAGUUGGGCGAUGUUACCCAACGGAUAGGGUCCCAUUUUUGGAAAACUUAGUGAAAUUAUUGUACAUAAUAGGAACCUUUUCUCUUACAAUUGGUGUUAAAACCUUACUUCUAAGCAAAAUUAACUUUUCUCUUACCAUUCUUUGACGGUAUUAAGCCUGAGAAGAAAGUUUUUGUGAAGGUUUACUUUUGUACCCAAUAUUACAACAAAAAUAGGGGGAAAAAGCAACAUUGACAGCUGACCUACCCCUGCCAAUUGCAGAUGUUCUUUAGAAUGGUCCUAGUUGGGAUCCAGGGGCGAACCCUAACAAUUCCAAACAUGCUAUUUUCUGUUGGUAAGUAUUGACAAUAUAUGAUGUAACCUCGUUCAAUUAAAAAAUAGUUAGACGGGACCAUACUUCGAUACAUGAUGGAGAUGAAUAUUUUUAAUGGCCCUUUUGAGGCUACCAACACUUCAAGGAAGACGUAGUCAAUAAUUAAUUUUCAUGACAAUUUUACAUCGCUGCUUUGUUUAAAUAACCAAUGAAUUUCUGAGAUAAAUGCCAUUUAUGUUUAAAAAAAGCAAAGAAAUUCAUGGAAGAAAACUCGCUUUUCUAAUGAAAGUUAAAAUGCUGAGGGAAUCGAGAAGGAAAAACGACGGAUUAAAAUGACAAAGCUUCAUAAUCAUGGUCAUGAAAACAAUGGUUUCAGAUAAUGUUGCAAAUUAAUUUCGGCAUCGAUUUACAAGUAUUCACUACAGGCCGUAUCCGUUGCAUUGAUUAUCAGUUUUGCAAUAUAUAUUCUACUGGAUACUGUCAUUUAAAUUAAAACAGGGGCGUUGUGGCCAGGCAGGACACCGGGAAAUUUCCCGGUGGGCCCCUUUCAAGUGAGUUUGUAAAACCCAGGACUUCUGUGGAAGAGAUGCGUGGAAUAUGAACAGGGCCCCCGAGAGGGGGACAAGAAGGGGCAAACUGCGCCAGGGCUUCGAGUUCAAGGGGCCUCUUAAAGCAAGGAAUUCAAAUUUAGGAACCGAAUUUUAACGAAACGCAACAAGGUAUGCCUAAAAUGGCAAACGACUGCAAAAAACAUUCUGAAAUGUACUUCAAGCUUAUUUAAAGGGCAUGGCCUCAAAAACUUUUUCUGCUCACUUCGCUCGCAGUGCCAAAACUACCUUGUCACGUUUGUGUUUGUAUCAGGUGUUCACUACAGCAUUGGAUUUGUUCUACAUUUUUGCAGUCUUAAAGAGACCAUGGCUGGAGAAAAGAGGACACACUUCAACAAAUAUAGCAAACGAAUCUUUAAAGAUGAUCUUUUUUAUUUUUCAUAGGUGCAUGGUUUUCAGGUGCCCUUUUUGGCGACCUGUGGUUUGUGAUUGGAGAUUUCAUAUAAAUGAAUGGGCCCCCUUGUGAUCAUUUUUUCUCCCGGCCCUUCUCUAGGAGCCGCAACGCCCCUGAAUUAAAAGUAAGCUUUGAAGAAACAUUUAGGUAAAGAUCAACAAAACCAGGCAACUCGAAACCCGUCAGCAAAUUAAUGUGAUCUGAAUGAUGCCAUCAUCAAACGUACGUCUACGAUAGAGUAGUUUGUAUAUAUUGAUAACAUGCAGCUACAAUGCCAAUAGCAGGGCCCACGCUACGAGGGUGGGGGCAAGGGACCAUGGCCUCCCCAUUUUUUCGAUAAAUAAAAGGCUAAAAGUUAAAGUAUUCAUAUAGAUAAACCAACAAAGAUAUUGAACAAAUGUCCACAAGUAAAGCAGCGUCAGCUUAAUGAUUGCCACAAUUGGGGCAAUUGAUGGCCCCUCAAGUUUAGGGUUAGUGGCACGGGCCCUGAAUAAAUAAAUUGGUUAAAAGAAAGAGGUGAAUUUCAUCAGGCGGAUGGCAUGUGGGAUGGUCGUCGAUUUAGUUUCUUGAUGACCAUAACACUAAGGGCUGUAUCAGACACGAAAUGAUCUACAGGAUCGUAAAUUGAAAUUACGGUUCAUCCAUAACAAUUACUUUGACAUUACAUGUCUUCGACUUUCUAUCUACAAUUAUAAAUCCAAAUACCAAUUUAUAUUUCUGAUUACAUACCCCAUCUGAACCCUUGCUGUAAAUGUCAUUCACUUUAGGUAGGUGCUUGUCUUGGCUCGACGAGAAUUUCGUUGAUUGCGCAAUACUCCGGCUGAGUGAUGGCAAAUACAACAGCAUUAGCUAUGUCUUCCGGUUCUAAUAUCUUUGGAGUUUUAUCGCUCAUGUCGUAUUCACUUUUUGCCUAACAAAUGAAAAGAAAAGAAAUAAGAAACUUCAUAUGAUGUAUCUCCUUUAGGAUAGGAGCAAUAGGAACAAUUCCUUUACAAAAGUGUCCCAAAUAAAUUUAUCCCUUCAAGGGCACUGCAUUUUUGGGCUCUUUAAACUACUGACAAAAUUCAAGGGUCAUCGGGAGAAACCUCGUGUCCCGAAGUUAAACUGGGGAUGCAUACCAGGAGCAAAAAUUCCUGUACAUGUAGGAAAGCAUCAAGGCCACCAUCCUUUUUGUCUCAAAGUCUUGGGGUGUUACCCCUGACUAUCUCAACACAUUGCCAAUCUGACGUUUGGUUAUGAAAAUGAGAAAAAACACUGAAGAGCUUAAACUCACUAUUUUGUUACAACAGUGUGAAAUAAUCAAUGAUAUGUUAAUACUCUUUUGCAAUUAUUAUCCAUUCAAGAGGUGACAUGAUAGGAUGCUUUUGAUUAAAGACAUACAAUGUUGCAAAGUAUGACUUUUACAUUGAACUCUGAUUUCGCCCAAUAUCCGCCAAUCUGGAACGGUUCUCUGUCUGCACACCAGAGAAAAGCACAAAAACGGUCACAGAGUACACGUCCAAAUACCGAACAUUCUUCCGCGUAUGAUUUAGCACACUAAAGAUGUCGAGAUGGCUGGCUAACUAGCGAUUUGCUUGAUUCCCCAGAGUCACUAAGCAGAAAUUUCUAUUGAAAGAUAUUUGAUUGAUUGAUUGAUUGAUUGAUUGAUUGAUUGAUUGAUUGAUUGAUUGAUUGAUUGAUUGAUUGAUUGAUUGAUUGAGUGAUUUGAUCGUAUUAAGGUCGCUUCAAGGAAAAAGGUACCAACCUCCGCGUCAGUUGUAUGAUGAAUAAGCUCUGUGCGCACAUCACCUGAAAGAAUUCAACAGCCAAUAAACAAGCAGUCGGUUAUUAUGGUCAAUGUUUUUUUAAGAAAAUACAGAGACACAAUCAAAUCAAAGAACAAAUCGAAAAUGUUCAACUUUCAAAAACAGAAAGCCGUUUGGUGAACGUACUGUUUUUGAAUGUCAAAAUAUAUUCUGCGCAUGCUUGUACCGUAUAUCCUUUCCGUCCAUACCGUAAAGAGGAAGUCCACCUUAAACCAAUGACAUCUUAAACCAGUAGGUAAACAAUAACAUAUUUUUGUGGAAGUCGGUUUGAAAAAUAUAAGCAAGUAGAUAAAAACCAAUCACCUGGUUGGAUUGUUGUUACUUUAAUUCCAGAAUCCGCGGUCUCGAGACGAAGGCCUUGAGAAAAAGCUUCUACGAAAAAUUUGCUGGCUGAGUAGACAGAGAGACCAGGAAAAACCUAAAAGAAAAUUGCUUUUAAAUUCUACAACAUACGACUAUAAGAAUGAAUUAAAACAAAAUUAUAACAUACAGUGAAUAUUGAACUUGAAACCUGUUGGUAUAAAAAGCUAUGACGUGAAACAUGCAUCGAGCACUACAUGACAGACCCUUAAAACUAUCAUUUUCGUUAAAAGCAAUCUAAUAAGGAGGCUGUGUUGAAAGCGAGACUGAAAGGUAAACUUACAAAUGGGAUAUUGGUAUUAUUGGACAUUAUAAACAUUAGCAAAAUUAUCCGCUGUAGAGGUGAUUUGUCGAUUGUGUUAGGAAUUUAAGUAGAAGAGUUUUAAAGUAAGAUUUUUAACAACACACACGUCUGAGAUAAUUUGGAAGAUAAAAAGAAGAUCAAAUAAAAUCAUAAUUUUACGGUAACUAUAAAUUAAUCAUAAAAGUCCAUAACAAUUUAAAAACAUGAAAAAAAGAAGAGUCAGGAAACAAUGAAAAUAUACCGUAAAUAAUGUGUUAAAAUGAAAAAAAAGAAAAUAAAAAUAACAAGGCCAUCAUAAAAAAAUGAAAUAAAAAGGCAAAUGUGAAAGCUAUGAAAUUACCAACAAAAACCAAUUAAUCACAAAGUAGUUAUUUAGCGCUUGAUUGUUGCAAUAGUUUUAAAAAAUGAGUAGCAUUAUCCAGCAUCAUUUUAAGGACUUAAAAAAUUGAAAGCAGAGAACUGGCUCACUUUUCUUCCUGCAUCUGAGGAUAUAUUUACAACGUGUCCGGAUUCUCGCUGUAGCAUACCGGGCAGAACUGCAGCAACAGUGUUGAGUAUACCCUGAAAAGCAAAUAAAACUUGAUUUGUAUCCGCCCUAGUGGAAAAACGUAAAUCAAAUAUAUAACAUGCACAGAAACUGCUUAGCUAAAUGACGUAUGGAUAAGUUAAACUAAAUACGAAUACUGUGAAAUACAAAUAAUGUUUAGAAAUGCAAGGAAUAAUGUUAAAGUUCAUAUUCAUCAUCAUAUUUAUUAUAGUGGCUACAGAUUUGAAUAUGUUUUCACAAAGAACACACGAUUUCUGCUGCAAGUUACCUACAAUCCCGGACAAAAAUGUUGAGACAAAAUGCAAUUUAGUGGAAGCACGUUGGUGAAAGCACCUUAGUGGAAGCAUAAUGGUGGAAGCACCUUAGUGGAAGAACCUUGGUGAAAGCAUUUUAGUGGGAGAUCAUAGUGGAAGCAUAAGUCCAAAAUUAAUUAAACAGUAAAAUUCUCUUAAGAACGGCGUGACUUGACAAAAGUCUGACCUAGUAAAACAGAAUUAUCCGGUCUAUAGCGGGAUUUAAAUGAAGUUAAUUGGUUGGUAAUCUUCAUAUAAAUGCAAUAAUUCCAAUAUAACACAGCGCCAUAACCACAAACAUAACCAGUGCAUUGUGGUGACAUUAUAAUCUAAAGAUGAUCUACACAGCUUAAGAAGUACAGCAUGCUUCAAGCAGAGUUUCUGCAUUAUUAAGCCGGAAAGAUUACGUGAAUUGAUCUUAAUUAUUUUAAUUUGUAAACGGGCGGAGCGGGUUAGGUACCUGUAAUAUUAAUCUGAAACCCGCGAGUAAAGUAUUCAUGCUCUAAAUGCGGUAACCAGUAGCGUAUAAAAUAGAAAUAUUGAGGCAAUAAAAAUGAAAUCCGUGAAAGACCGAGCUCGAAUUGAAGAAAGCUUGAUAUACAAAAGCGGGAAGCAUAUAGUUUGAUCAACAUACAUGUUAUUCACUGCAACUCUAGCUGGAUAUGUUGUGUGGUUAUAGGAUAGCCUAGGCACACUCGAAUGAACAGUCGAGAAUUAGACAGUGGAAGUACACUCUGCGAACAACAUAUUUGCUUGCCUGAAUUUGGCUUGGAAACAUUGCUGUUGAAAUUUCGACAUCAAGUUUUGCCUGCGAAGUAUAUUGAUAAAGGAUCGCGAGAGAAAUUGUGCCAUCAUAUGAGUAUCUUGACUCGUGACUUUGUCCAGGCUUGUCAUUCAAUUACAAGAAUUGUGGCAAAUAUCUUUACUGCUUAGAAAGAACGGUUGUUUUUCAUCGAUGCAUUAGAAGAACUACCAGCGGAAUUUGGAAUUUCCAUUUGGUGUUUAAAGAGCCAAAUACAUACACACUGAAAGUAUCAACGUUGGGAUUGGCUAUUAGCAUCAACAAUAUGAAUAAUCGUAGCUUUCAAGAAGAUCAGGGUCAGUUGCCAGUUUAUCUGAUGGUCAUCAUAAACAUAAUUUUGGUUUUCGUUGUUAUUGGCAACAGCAUAGGGAUCUAUUUGCUGAAAUCAUUGAAAGAUAGAAAAACCAAUCAAAUGAUAAUAAUAAUGAACUUGAGCAUUGUCGAUAUAAUACUGGCACUCAUUUGGUUCAGCAAUGUGAUCCUAUCCAUAGCUGACCCUAGCCUCGCAAACGAUGAUAAGAUUGACGGCAUUUUGUGGUGUGUAAGAGCCGGUGUCUAUUUGACGUGGUAUGCAACGAUAUUUUUAAUAACAUUCGAUCGCUUUCUAGGCUGCAAUUUUCCAAUCAAACACAAAGUGUUCAUUAGAACUAAGGUCAUCUACAUGUGUUUAGCGACGUCUUGGACAAUCACCAUGCUGUUCGUUGUGAUCACUUGCUUUUUCAACACCAAAUCAUUGCAACACCGUUUUGAUCUUUAUAUUUGGGUGACGAUAGAUUCUUGUUUUAUCAUACUUUUUAUCGCUACAUAUGCUUCAAUUUUCCUUUAUCUGAAACGCAAAAGAGGGGCAGGCUCGACCAAUAACAAUGAUGUGGACAAGUUCAUGCACACCGUUGCAGCCCUCACGAUGGCUUUUUUCUGCUUCGAGAUUGUUCCUACGUUACUUAAACCCCUCCACAUGAAAGGGUCUGCGACCUUCGAGAAAGUUCGGUCGAUAUUAUAUACCUUGAAUCUUUUAUUUGACCCCGUACUUUAUGUGUUUUUGCAACCACAGGUCCGCAAGCACGCCUUUGCUUCGCUUCAUCAAAUGCAUUUGCGACUGAAAUCUAUGUGUGUAAGGUCAUCGGAAGACGAAGAGUACCCUGUUGCUAAUUUAUAGAACAAAUCACACUCAAAAUUUAUCCCAAUGAAUUGCUAAAAGCGAACUUUCACGUAUUACGCCAACAAUCUUUGAUUCUCACGAAGUGAACGUUUGAUGUCCUAAGUAUAGUGCAAAAAGGAAAGGCAAUGAGAGGUGCUUUUGCUUGCACACAGAAAGAGUGAUUGAAAACUUGCCUACCUUGAUGCAAAGCAAUAAAGAGUUGGAUACAAUUUUAAGCUCGUUCAACAAAAGAUUGGUUUGUCAAGGUUAACCAUUUUACAAAAAAAUAAGGAGCUUCUGCAAGCAUUUAUCAAUGGAAAGUAUUCAAAAUAUCAACGCUCACCCUAAAUAUAGAGGCAACAUCAACAAAACUCGGUGGCCGUAUAGCAGAUGUGUAAUGCAACAACGUUUGCAGAAAGCUGUGGCAUGACUGCUCGCCGUGGAUAUCCUCGCUAAAUAAACUUUUCCGAAAUUCGAAAAAGUUACAAUGAAGUCUUUAG